AUGACGUUCCUGCCCAUCAGAGCAGCGCGUCCGGGCUUUGGCCUCUCCACCAUGUGCGAGCUGCUAUCUCCUGAGGGACCCUGUUGGGCCCGGGGCUUUCUUUUCCUGGCCACCGGGCUCCUCCUGCUCUCCUAUCUGGCUUACUUGGUGCUGGGCACCGGAGUGUUCUGGGCACUGGAAGCAGAUACUGCCAUCCUCAUUAGGAGACGAACCAUCGCUCCAUUUAGAGAGGCUUGGUUUAAACACAAUGCUGCACAGCCAAGAACUAAGGCUGACAUCAUCCAAGCAUACAAAGAUGGGACCUACCUCCUGGACAAUACCACCAGCAUGGGGCGCUGGGAGUUUGUGGGCUCCUUCUUCUUUUCUGUGUCCACCAUCACUACCAUCGGCUAUGGCAACCUGAGCCCGGAGACCAUGGCUGCCCGUCUCUUCUGCAUACUCUUUGCUCUCAUCGGAAUCCCACUCAACCUGGUGGUGCUCAACCGGCUGGGCCACCUUAUGCAGCGAGGGGUUCACCGAUGUGUUCAACAGUUGGGGGGCAGCUGGCAGGACCCAGCGCGGGCACGGUGGCUGGCAGGCUCUGCCGCGCUUCUCUCCGGCCUCCUGCUCUUUCUGUUGCUGCCCCCACUUCUCUUCUCCCACAUGGAAGGCUGGAGCUAUGUGGAGAGCUUCUACUUUGCCUUCAUCACACUCAGCACCGUGGGCUUCGGCGACUACGUGAUCGGGAUGGACCCAUCUCGCAAGUACCCUUUGUGGUACAAGAACAUCGUGUCCCUAUGGAUCCUUUUUGGGAUGGCCUGGCUGGCCCUCAUCAUCAAAAUGAUUCUGUCCCUGCUUGAGAUGCCAGGGGACAUGUGCACCUGCUCCCUGCAUUGCUCCAAAGGGGACAUCCAGGGUCGAAGCUGGAGCCAGGGCCAAGAAGGGGAACACAGGGUCCAAUCUCCAGGCGUCACAUCUGGAACCUUCCACUCUGGAUAUGCCAUAUGA